AUAUCAUUAAAGCGUGAUCUCCCGGUUGGGAGAAGGAAUAGAACUCGGUGCCCCCCUGCUCUCUCUCUCCCCGGCGACGGCCGUCCGAUGGCGUUCGCGGCGGCGAACAUUGGGAUGAUGGACAGCGCGUAUUUCGUUGGGAGGAGCGAGAUCCUGUCUUGGAUCAACGCGACACUCCAGCUCAGCCUCACCAAGGUCGAGGAGGCUGCAUCAGGUGCUGUCCAGUGCCAGAUGAUGGAUAUGGUCCAUCCAGGAGUUGUCCCCAUGCACAAGGUGAAUUUUGAUGCAAAGACUGAGUAUGACAUGAUUCAGAAUUACAAGCUUCUUCAAGAAGUAUUCACCAAGUUGAAAAUAGAGAAGCACAUUGAAGUCAAUAAACUUGUUAAAGGACGGCCGUUAGACAACUUGGAGUUCUUACAAUGGCUGAAGCGGUACUGUGAUUCUGUAAAUGGUGGAAUUAUGAAUGAAAACUAUAACCCUGUUGAGAGAAGAUGCAAGGGAGGGAAAGAACGAAAUCUGAGGGGUUCUCACAAAUCAUCCAAAUCACUACAAGUUAACAGCUUACCAAAUCGUGGUUCUAUAGAUGGAGGUUCCAAGCAAGGGAAAGUGUGUGCCACGUCUAGCGCAGAAGAUUCUGCAGCCCAGGUUCAGGAACUGUCUGAGAAGAUUGCAGAACUUAAACUUUCGGUUGACAAUAUGGAAAAGGAAAGGGACUUCUACUUUGCAAAAUUGCGGGACAUCGAGAUUCUUUGCCAGAGGCCUGAGCUGGAGCAUCUACCGAUGACAAAAGCAAUCCGCAAGAUUCUGUAUGCCGCUGAUGCAAAAGACUCUCCUUUGGCUGAAGCACAAGAACUUGCAAGCAGAUCAGUGGAUCCUGACAUGUUCGCAGAUGAAGCAGAGUGAACAAAUGCUUGCACUUGUUUCAUGGUGGCUUUAGGACCGCUAGAUCAUUAUAUCUCGAUGGUGAGUGUCUAUUCCAGUGGCAGUAAACCUGUUCAUGUGUGCAAACAAGCAGAACCUGUUUUAACUGGUACGCUAAAGACUCUUUCUCUUUACCCCCUCCCCUGGUUCUUCUUGAACAAGUGGGAUUGUGCAACCAUUUUCAGAAUGGACCAUGAUCAAUGUUUCACCUGGAAGCAACCACUUAUAGCCUAGAGCUGUGGGUGGGUGAUAGUUGCUUGAUGCUUAAAAUUCUAGUAGAAAUUUUGGUUAACACGGGGAAGACAGGUUUGAAACUGUUGUUAUCCAUUACUUUAUUUAGUUCUUGCUGAAUAGCCUUUUUUUUUUUUUUGGGGGGGGGGGGGGGGGGGGGGUGUUGACUAUGUAACUUAAGCAAUACUUUUGAUCGCCCAAAACCAAACACAUUGAAGCCACAUUUUCUGCGGUGUCAGUAAAAGGUUGUGGCUUUAGGUGUUUGCAGAAGGGGUAGGGCUGAGGACUGGGGGGUCUGCCAUCAUGUAUCACUGGACUUGCAUAUUCAUGUUAGGUGUUUGACGGGAAUUUUGAUAAUCCAGCAGAAACUUUUGAUUUUGCUGCUGCAAAGCAGACUUGAAG